AUGGAGAUCAAGCAGCAGCAACUGGCGGGACCGCAGUUUGCGAGUGUGGGCGAAUUCGUCCAGUGGAGCGGAGGCGACCGCGUGAUCGAGCGGGUGUUGGUGGCCAACAACGGAAUCGCGGCGGUCAAGGCCAUCCGUUCGAUUCGCAAAUGGGCCUUCGAGGUCUUUGGGAAUGAACGGACGGUGCAGUUUGUGGCCAUGGCCACCCCCGACGACCUCAAGGCCGGCGCCGAGUACAUCCGCCUCGCCGACUCCUUCGAGGAGGUGCCCGGCGGAUCCAAUGCCAACAACUACGCCAACGUGCCCCUCAUCGUCGACCUCGCCCUCCGCACGGGCGCACACGCCGUCUGGGCCGGCUGGGGACAUGCCUCCGAGAACCCCCGCCUCCCCACCUCCCUCGCCGCCGUCGGCAUCGCCUUCCUCGGGCCCCCGGCCUCCUCCAUGCGCGACCUCGGCGACAAAAUCUGCUCCACCAUCCUCGCACAGUCCGCCCGCGUAUCCGUCGUGCCCUGGAGCGGAGACGGCGUGGAGGUGCAGUAUGGCGAGACGGGAAUCACCGACGAGCAGCGGAGCAAGGCACAGGUCAAGUCGGCCGAGCAGGCACGCGAGGUGCUGCGGCGCAUCGGGUACCCGGCCAUGAUCAAGGCCUCCGAGGGCGGGGGCGGCAAGGGCAUCCGCAAAGUCACCAAGGAGGACGAGGUCGAGGCCGCCUUCCGCCAGGUGGUAUCGGAAAUCCGCGGGGCUUCAGUGUUCGUGAUGCGACUGGUGCCGAGUGCCUACCACUUGGAGGUGCAGGUGCUGGCCGACCAGUACGGCGACGCCAUCGCCCUCCACAGCCGCGACUGUUCCGUGCAGCGCCGACACCAGAAGAUCAUCGAGGAGGGGCCGGUCGUUGUGGCGGACGCCGAGGUGCUGCGGGAGAUGGAGCGUGGCGCCGUGCGCCUGGCCCGCGAGGUCCGGUACUCGGGCGUGGGCACCGUGGAGUACUUGUACGCCGACGGCCAAUACUACUUCCUAGAGCUCAACCCGCGUCUCCAAGUCGAGCAUCCCGUGACCGAACAGAUCACUCAGGUGAACCUGCCGGCGUGCCAGCUGCAAGUCGCCAUGGGCGUUCCUCUUCACCGAAUCGCGGAGAUCCGACGCUUUUACGGUCAGGACCCCCAGGGCCAAACGGCAAUCGAUCUCUACAACACCGCACCGCGGCCUGCUCACGGACACGUCAUCGCCUGCCGCAUCACCGCUGAGAACCCAGACCAGGGCUUCAAACCGACGUCGGGGUCCAUCCAAGGUCUCAACUUCUACUCGUCGCCACGCGUGUGGGGCUAUUUCUCCGUGGACGGCACGGGCGCGCUCCACGAGUUUGCCGACUCGCAAUUCGGGCACCUGUUUGCGUGGGGCGAAACCCGCGAGGAGUCGCGCAAGAACAUGCUGCUCGCCCUCAAGGAGCUCUCCGUGCGGGGCGACGUGCGCACGCCCGUCGAGGUCCUCAUCCACAUCCUCGCCUCCAGCGACUUCCGCAACUCUCAAAUCCAUACGGGCUGGUUGGACGAGCUCAUCGCGUCGGAGUUCAAGACGGAGAAGCCCGAUCUCUGGCUCGUGCUCGCGUGCGGUGCCGUCUUCCAGGCUCACGCCCACUUCCUCGCCAUGCGGGAGGAGUGCAUCGAGGCGCUGCGGCGAGGCCAGGUGCCCCCGCCCGACAAGCUGGUGACGGAGGUGGUCGUGGAGCUGGUCUACAACGGCUUCAAGUACCCCCUCAAGGCCCAGCGCAGCGGACCCAGCUCCUUCCUCCUCUCUCUCCCCGGAUCGCCCAACGUCAUCGAGGCCGAGGCGUACGGCUUGCGUGGCGACAGGCUGCUCAUCCUGGUGGACGGCAAAUCGCACACGUGCUUUGGCCGCGAGGACCCCACCGGGCUGCGCCUCACCAUCGGCGCGCGCACCGUUCUCUUCGCCAAGGAGUUCGAUCCCUCGACGCUGGUGACCCCCACCCCGUGCAAGCUGGUGCGGUACCUGGUGGCCGACGGGGAGCACGUGGGCGCCGGACAUGCCUACGCCGAGGUCGAGGUCAUGAAGAUGUACAUGCCCCUCAUCACCAAGGAGCCCGGCGUACUACACUUCCACGCCAUCGAGGGGGCGGUGCUGGCGACGGGCGAUCUCGUGGCCACGCUCGAGCUGGACGACCCGACCCGCGUGCAGCGGGCCACAUUCUUCUCCGGCGAGCUGCCUGCCAUGAAGCAACCUCGCACGCGCGGUUCCAAGCCGCACCAGCUCGUUCGCUUCAACCUCGCCGCCAUCGGCAACGUCCUCACCGGAUAUCAACCGCUGGCCGUGGAGCGCGUGGCCGCUGACCUGUUUGCCCACCUGCACCACCCCGCCCUCCCCGCUCUCGAGUGCUACGACCUGUUGGAGACCACCGUGGUGCCCAGCGGGCGAGCCGAAGAUGCCCUGCAGCAUGUCCAGGCUCUCGUGGACGAGUACCAGGCCGCCGUGUCCUCUGCCCAGGGCGGCGACGUUCCGGCCUUCCCGUCCGCUCGGCUGCUGGCCUUGCUCGGCGCUGUGGAGCUGCCCGAGGCCGAGGCCAAGAGCUGGCUCGCCGCCACGCAGCCUCUCAAGCAGCUGGCCCUCGACUAUGCCGAAGGCCUCGAGGCGCACGCCCAGCGCAUCGUCGUGUCCCUCCUGCAGAACUACCUCGCCGUGGAGCAGCUCUUCCAGGGCCGCCACGUGCCGACAGUGCUGCAGGAGCUGCGCGAGAAGCACAAGACCGACCUGGGCCGCGUCGUCGACAUCGCUCUGUGCUACACGCGCAAUCUGCAGUGUGCCCACGGGGUGGUGGCCCUCCUGGAGCAGGUGGAGGCCCGCCACUGGGCCAUUAUCGAUCGCUACCUCCCCACCCUCCAGGAGCUCGCCGCCCUCGUCGGAUCCAAAGGCAACCCACCCACCCACCCCCGCGGGGGCCGAUCUAAUUCGCCUGAUGUAGAGCUGGCGGGCGGGCGGGCGGGCGGGCUGGCGGGUUGGUUGAAAGCCAUUGAGGACUACUUGCGGCGCACCGCCACCAUCACCGACGAGCAGGAGCGCCUGCGCCACAUCUCCACCCUCGCCGACGAGUCGGCCUCCGUCUUCGAUCUGCUCAUGGGGCUCCUCACCCACCAGGAUGCGGAGCUGAGGCGGCUGGGGCUGGAGGUGUACGUGCGGCGUACGUACCGCUCGUACGCCAUCAAGAGCCUGGAGGUGCUGGAGCGGCCGCGGCCGACCGACGGAGAGGGCUUCCUGUUCGGCGAGUUCCAGUUCGCGCAGGCCGACGUCCACGCGUCGUCAGCGGGUCCCGCGGCCCUGGCGCCGGCGCCCGGACCCCACACCAUGGCGCGCCCCGAGUCAGUGGACGACCUCAUGCUGCUGGAGCGGGAGCGCCGCAGCACGCGCACGCAGGCGGCGCCCAAGGAGCCCACGCGCUACGGCGUCAUGCUCGUGUUCGACGACCUGGCCCAGAUGCGCGCCCUCUUCGAGUGGGCCAUGGAGGCCUACAUGCCACCGGCGCAGGAGGGCCCCGAGCUGGUCAACAUCCUCAACGUGGUCCUCCUCAAGAACAGCAGCGGCGCGGCCGAGGCGGGCAAAAGCGCGGAGGACGCGGAGCGCGCGCUGAUCGACGACUUUGCGGGGUUCCUGCAGCCGCACACGGAGCAUCUGCGGUCGCUGGCCAUCCGGCGGGUGACGCUGGUGAUCUCGCGUGAGCGCGAGUUCCCCGACCACUACACGUUCCGCGAGCGGCUGGACUACGGCGAGGACGCCAUCUUCCGGCACAUCGAACCGCCGCUGGCCUACCACCUGGAGCUGCGGCGCCUGGCCAACUACAGCGUCGAGUACGUGCCCACGGCCAACCGCCAGCUGCACCUCUACUACGCCCAGCAGAAGGGCAAGGAGCAUCUGCCGGCGGCCCAGUGCCACCGCCGCUUCUUCGUGCGCGCCACGCUCCAGUCGCAGAUCCUGCACACGGAGGGCGAGAAGGUGUUCACCGAGGCCCUCAACGCGCUCGAGCUGGCGGUGCGGGAGGCCCGCUUCCAGGCGAGCUUCAACCACCACAUCUUCCUCAAGUUCAUGCCCGAGGUGGUCAUCGCGCCCGAGAAGGUGGACAGCAUCCUGCGCACCCUGGGCGAGCAGUACGGCCGGCGCAUGUGGAAGCUCCGCGUGUCCGAGGUCGAGGUGGUGGCCCUUCUCAAGCAGCCCUCGGGCGCCGUCGUGCCCGUGCGCUUCUUCGCCUCCAACCCGACGGGCUACCACUUCAAGAUCGACACCUACGCCGAGGUGCGCGACGCCGCCGGCGGCCGCAUCCGCCUGGUGCCCGUGCAGCGCGGCCGCGACCCGACGCCGCUGCCCGCGCGCGAGCUCUCCGAGCCCUACCCGGCCGUGGACCUGCUCGAGCAGCGCCGCAUCGUCGCCCGCCAGAACGAGACCACCUACGUCUACGACUUCCUCGAGCUCUUCAAGGAGGCCCUCAAGGAGAUCUGGCGCGACUACGCCCUCGCCUGCCGCAAGGCCGCCGCCGCCGCCGCCGCCUCGAGCUCUGGCGGUGGCGCGAGCGCGCCCGAGCCGCCCAAGGUGCUGCUCGAGGCGUGGGAGCUGGUGCCGGACGCGGGGGCGCCGGGCGGGGUGCGCGAGGUGGCCAACAACGCGAUGGGCCACAACACGGUGGGCAUGUGUCCGGCGGGGCGCGACGUGAUCGUGGUGGCCAACGACAUCACGCACCAGAUCGGGUCGUUCGGCCCCGAGGAGGACGUCUUCUUCGAGGCCGUGUCGAAGCUAGCGCGCGCGCGGGGUCUGCCGCGGGUGUACCUGGCGGCCAACUCGGGCGCGCGGAUCGGGCUGGCCGAGGAGGUCAAGCAGGCCUUCCGCGUGCAGUGGGUCGACCCGGCGGACCCGGGCCGGGGCUUCCACUACCUGUACGUGGAGGACGCCGACUACGAGGCCCUGCGGCCCUACGUCAACUGCGAGCGCACGGCCGACGGGCGGUGGCGCAUCGUGGACAUCAUCGGGCGGCGCGACGGCCUCGGGGUGGAGAACCUGCGCGGGUCGGGCCUGAUCGCGGGCGAGACGUCGCGGGCCUACGAGGAGAUCUUCACCAUCACGCUCGUCACCGGGCGCACGGUGGGCAUCGGGGCCUACCUGGUGCGGCUGGGCCAGCGCACGGUGCAGAACCAGGGGCCGAUCGUGCUCACGGGCGCCACGGCCCUCAACAAGGUCCUGGGCCGCGAGGUCUACACGUCCAACGUGCAGCUGGGCGGCCUGCAGAUCAUGUACGCCAACGGCGUGUCGCACGUGUCGGCCGACGACGAGCUCCAGGCCGUGCGGGCCGUGCUCCAGUGGGUGGCCUACGUGCCCGCGGCGCGCGGCGAGGCGCUGCCGGUGCUGGCCACGCCGUGGGACGCCGUGGCGCGGCCCGUGGCGUGGAGCCCGCAGGAGAACACGCCCUACGACCCGCGCGAGAUGCUGGGCGGCGCGCUGCUGCCCAGCGGCGAGUGGUGCGGCGGGUUCUUCGACCGCGGGUCCUUCUUCGAGACGCUGGCCGGCUGGGCCAAGACCGUGGUGUGCGGUCGCGCGCGGCUCGGCGGCAUCCCGGUGGGCGUCAUCUGCGCCGAGACGCGCAUCGUGGAGCGCGUGACGCCCGCUGACCCGGCCAACCUGGCCUCGCACGAGAGCGUCUCGCAGCAGGCCGGCGGCGUGUGGUACCCGGACUCGGCCUUCAAGACCGCGCAGGCCAUCGAGGACUUCAACAAGGGCGAGCAGCUCCCGCUCUUCAUCUUUGCCAACUGGCGCGGCUUCUCCGGCGGCAUGCGCGACAUGUUCGACGAGAUCCUCAAGUUCGGCUCCUACAUCGUCGACCACCUGUGCCACUACGCCCAGCCCGUCUUCGUCUACAUCCCGCCCUUCGGCGACCUCCGCGGCGGCGCCUGGGCCGUGCUCGACCCGACCAUCAACCCGGACAUGAUGGAGAUGUACUCGACCGAGACCGGCCGCGGCGGCGUCCUCGAGCCCUCGGGCACCGUCGAGAUCAAGUACCGCGAGCGCGAGCUGCUCCUCACCAUGCACCGCCUCGACCCCAAGCUCCAGGCCCUCGCCCUCGCCCUCAAGGCCGCCGCCACCCCGGCCGACACCGACCGCAUCGGCCGCGAGAUCGCCCAGCGCGAGGUCGACCUCCUGCCCCUCUACCGCCAGGUCGCCGUCGAAUUCGCCGCCCGCCACGACACCCCCGGCCGCAUGAAGGCCAAGGGCGUCAUCUCCGACAUCAUCCCGUGGGCACACUCCCGUGCCUUCUUCCACGCACGCCUCCGCCGCCGCCUCGCCGAGGAGCGCGCCCGCGCCGCCGUAGCACAGGCCACCGAGGGAUCGCCCCUCUCGCGCGACCAGGUCACGCGCCUCCUCCGCAGCUGGCUCUUGGCCUCCACCUCCACCUCCGCCGCCGACGACGAGGCCGAGGCCGCGCGCGUGUGGGCCGACAACGACACCGCGUGGAAGUGGCUCUCCAACCCCGACGCCCUCGCGCCCCACCUCGCCGAGCUGCGCAAGGCCGCCGCCGCUCGCCGCGUGGCAGACGCCGCCAAACUGGACUUCACGGCCUGGAAGCAGGCCCUCAACGACGCCCUGGGCGGCCUCUCGCCCGAGCAGCGCCAGGAGAUCGCCGAACUUGCCCGCCAGGCCGCCUCCUCCUGA